AUGAGUAAGGCCCUUAACCAGAUCUCCAAAUCACCAUUUACACGUAGAAUCGAAAGGGGAAAACUUCCCCAAUGUUCUACUCAGCCAACUUUCACCAUAUACAAUGGAAAGACGGACCCCGUGGAGCAUGUAAGCCACUUCAACCAAAGAAUAGUUGUGCACUCCAAGAGCGAGACCCUAAUGUGCAAGGUGUUCCCAUCCAGCUUGGGGCUUGUAGCGAUGAGGGUUCCUCGGCCUUUGGACUCUUUGCUAUCCAUGGCAAUGUGGGAGGGGGAGACCUUGAAAAUGUACUCUGACAGGUAUUGGGAGAUAUUCAAUGAGAUAAAUAGGGACUUUAAUGACGUGGCUAUAAGAACCUUCAAGCUCGGCCUGCUAGCCGAGCAUGAUCUAAGAAAGUCUUUGACCAAGAAACUAGUCAAGAGUGUGCAUAGGCUCAUGGAUCGCAUUGAUGAAUAUAAGCAGGUCGAAGAGGACUAG